GAUAGCUUUAGGCGCCUCAGCACGAAGUCCAUCAAGUUCAGGAGGAAGGGUGCCUUCCGCGCCGGCGUCUCCCUGGGGGAAUGUUUGCGCAACGUGCGGCUUUCAGGCAAUGAUUCAUACACAUUCUAUGAUAUGAAUGUGGACGCGAGGAAUAAAAUUUAUAUGCGAGUCUCGUGGACUGGUUAUCGUACGAUGACUUAUGAGAUCCCUAUGCAAGGAUAUGGAGGUCGCAUUGAUCUCCAGGCCCUUGCAAGGCGGGUCGCGCGAGCCUGCAUGCACUAUCUGCAGGCGAAUGCCAUGCCUAUCCCAUGGGAUCGAGUCGUCCUGCACCAUCUCGAGGAAGUCUCGGUCGGUGUGUGGCAACCGGUCAUGACAACAAGUUAA